AUGCUUCAGCUGCCAACACGUUUCAUAGGUGGCGCUUACUUCUUGCUAAUGCUGUCCGUUCCACCAGCAGAUGCCUUCAUGGCGGUGAACAAACCUCCAGAGGCCUUCCCAAGGACCAAUCUGACGCUCCUUCUUGACUCCGGUCUCACAGCAGCAGUGAUGCUCACCUCAGAGGUUUGCAAAAGCCUGAAGCUGGCGGUCGGCAGCGAAGGGAAUUUCUCCUCGGGUUUGGGCGCCAUCGGUUCCAUGGAGAUGCAGCAGGUUCGCGUGGAGGGCGCUGCCCUCUCGGAUGGCGAGGAGUCCUAUCCUCUAUCCCCGCUGGCAGGCGUCGUGGUGGACAACUUCCCUCAGCUGAAGAUUGCGGACGAAGUGGGAGUGGUUCUUCAAGGAAUGCUUGGACAAGGCUUCAUGGACCAAUUUGACUUAGAGCUGGACGCAGCAAGGAAGCAGGUGAGGGCCUGGCCCAGGGCGUCCUUGCCCGCAGACAGUGGGCCCCACUGGCGGCAGCUGGAGGCGUUGGGCAUGCCCGGGCGCCUGCAGUUGACGGAAGAGGAGCUUUCAGAGUCCAGCGUCUUGGCGCAGGACUUAUUGCGAAGAGGAGCUCUCGCACUUCUCUUCUUUGCAAGUCGUGCAAAGAGGCAGAAAGGUGAGAAAGAUGAAAAACAGGCGUGCAACGCCCUACUUUGCAUCCGUUUGCUGGCGCAGCAGCUUCAAGUUCUGGCAAAUGUGACUGAAGGGUGGGAGACAGAGUUGCAAGACUUAGCAGUGGUCCUGGGUCACUGGGUGUCCACAGACUGGUGCUCGCCUCGCAUUGAAGUGGUGGGCUACCUUCCGUGCUGCAGUACCCCGGGGAGCUUCUUGUUGGGCCACUGCAGCCACAACGCGCUCAAAGCGGUGCUGGAUGUCGUGAUGUGCGAGCCUCAGAUUCCAAGCUCACUGGACGUGUGCCGUGCUUACGGAGGUACAGCUUUGCACCGCUGGGAAGAAGUGACAGCAGCUGGGCUGGCGCUCCUGGCAGCAGCGCAUGACCGUGCGGAACGUGCGGUGUUGGUGUGCGGAGGCGACAGCCUUUUGGCCUCCUUCUUGGCCCAGCACGCCCCCGAGGUGGAAGUUGACUUUCUGGAGCAGGCCGAGGUGCUCCCGCUGUUGCAGCAGCACAUGGGGCUGCGAUUGGGGGGCCCUGGCCGGGCGCCGGGCAGCCGCAGAGUUGUCGCGGAUGUCGCGCAUGGGCCCGCGCAGCCCAGCAAGCCCAGCGAGCCCAGCGAGCCCGCAGUGUCCAGCGAGCCCAGCACCUACGACGCCGUGGUGCAGCUCGCCGGUGCCACGGGCAAACUGAAGCUCCGGGCGGGCGGCUGCCUGCUGGUGGAGAGGGCGAAGUCCUCCGAUGGCUUGGAGCUCACCGACCUCACCGACUUGGGAGAGGAGCCGGAGACCAGCGAGUCUGCUUUGUUCCUGGAGGAACCUUUGUCGCCAUUUCAGGACUUGAUUCGCCCAGAGCUGUGGUUUGCGCGGCUGCUUGAGCGCGGAGGUGUUCAAGGCGGCGCUCCUGACGUGCUUGUGGCCCAGCGGAGCCAGGUGGUGCGUGCGGGGCGGCUCGACAUGGAGGACCUGGCAGCGCUGCGGGCGCUGGCCAUGGCGGACUUGGGCAGCGAGGUGCGAUCCCCGGGCUCCGCUGCCUGGCAGGCGGGGGGGAAGACGUGA